AUGGGCGCUCUCAAUAGUUCUACCCCAGUCUCAGAUGUUGUAUCGUCUUCGAAAGCAAGUCGCCGUGGUUCUACUGCAUUGCCCAAUGUUGUAGUUGAGAAUUCCCCCGGCAAGCAAGUGGUGGACAUUGUGUCGCGUCAUUUGGUGCAGCCUUCUGAUGAGCAAAUGUCUGCCUCAUUCAACUCGCUGCAGUUACAAGGUGGUGAUAUCACGCGUGAACUGUAUCGCUGGCAAGAUCAAAACGUGGACGUCUCAGAUAUUGCUUCUGCUCGUGGCGAUCCGACACGGCGUCGUAGAUCGAUGAGCUUUACGAACAGUGUCACAUCGCAUGGGUCACUCAACCCUCCAGAGAUGAGUGCCGACGAAAUACGAGCACCCCAAGGCUUUAGAAGAAGCUUCAUUGUACAGAAGAGAAUGCAAGAAAACCGUGAAAUGCCGAAUUUCAUGGCUCGUAACUUCAUCGAAUUCUUGACCUUGUAUGGGCAUUUUGCGGGUCAAGACCUUAGCGACGAUGAAGAUGAAGAAGAAGAAGUAGAGGAUGAAGAGUCAGCAUUGCUUUCGGAAAGAAUCCCUCGCCGUAAGCACCGGAAACCACAUGAAGCCUCUGUAUUUAAGGCUGUGCUUCUUUUACUCAAAGCAUUUGUUGGUACCGGAGUACUUUUUUUGCCCCGCGCAUUUCACAAUGGUGGCUGGGCCUUUUCCACGGUAUGUUUGUUGUUCUGCGGCGUGGUCUCGUUUUAUUGUUUCCUCUUGUUAAUCAAUACCAAGGACAAACUGCAUGUGAAUGGUUACGGUGAUCUUGGAGCAGCCAUUUAUGGACCCACGAUGCGGUAUGCGAUUCUCGGAUCAGUUGUUUUGUCGCAAAUUGGUUUUGUCGCUGCUUAUGCAGUGUUCACAGCCACGAAUCUUCAAGUUUUCUUUGCCAAUGUGUUCAAUUGGAAUUUUCCCAUGUCUACCUGGCUACUUGCCCAACUUUUGUUUUAUAUUCCAUUAUCGUUAACCAGAAGUAUCGCCAAACUGAGUAGCACGGCACUUCUUGCGGACCUUUUCAUUGUCCUGGGUCUCCUGUACGUUUACUACUAUUCAGGUCAAUAUGUGGUUCAACAUGGUAUUGCUGCUGAGACUAUGCUAGCAAUGAAUAAGGAUGAUUGGACACUGUUCAUUGGAACCGCCAUUUUUACUUAUGAAGGUAUUGGAUUGCUAAUUCCAAUUCAGGAAUCGAUGAAACAGCCUGAGAAAUUCUCGAAAUGCUUACUAGGUGUUAUGUUGGGGGUAUCUGUUGCCUUCAUUUCUUGUGGGCUACUGUGCUAUUCUGCAUUUGGAAGCUCAGUCAAAACUGUCAUUUUACUCAAUUUCCCGGAGGACUCAAUUCUCACUGCAUCAGUGGAGCUUCUAUAUGCUUUAGCAAUCAUGCUCUCUACACCACUUCAACUGUUUCCCACCAUUAGAAUCUUGGAGACAUCGCUUUUCCCCAAAAAUGCUUCGGGCAAGCAUAACCCUCGUGUCAAGUGGAUGAAGAAUUAUUUCCGUGUUGCUAUCGUCUUGGCCAAUAUGUUCAUUGCUUGGAUCGGUGCUAAUGACCUUGACAAAUUUGUCUCUCUAGUGGGUAGCUUUGCAUGCAUUCCUCUUAUUUAUAUCUAUCCUCCACUACUACAUUACAAGGCCUUUUCUCAUGGCGGCGCGAGCAAGUUACACCUAGUGCUUGAUCAAUUGAUCGCCUGGUUCGGCGUGCUUGUAUUGAUAUACACAUCUUACCAAGCUGUCCGUCUAUGGAUUUCCUGA